AAGUAAUAAUAAUAAUAAUAAUAAUAAAAAGAAGAGAUAUUUAAUAUUUAAAUAGAACAUUGAUUGGUAUUUGUCGGUACUCGGUGUAUUAAUGGCCUCGUCCUUUGCAUGUUAUUUAUUCCGUCAAACGUGAACAACGCUUUGGCGUCCAUUACACGGAUGUCUUAGAACAGCGCACAAAUACGGGUUUGGUGAUUAUAUCAAUUGUCGUCUGUGUUUGAUUUGGGUUUACAAUGGCUGCCGAUCACUUCUGUUUGAAAUGGAACAACUAUCCUUUGAACAUGGUCACCGAGUUGGACAGCCUUCGUACUAGUGAAGACCUGGUAGAUGUAACUUUAUCAUGUGAUGGACAGUUGUUCAAAGCUCAUAAAGUUGUGUUGUCUAUGUGCAGUACCUACUUUCGAAAUGUGUUCAAGGAUAAUCCUUGUAGACAUCCAGUUGUAAUCUUGAAAGAUAUAAACCAAGACGAUGUUCAGCAUUGCUCAAUUUUGUGUAUCAACGGCACUGUUUACAUAUCAGAGAAAAAAUUAGAAUCAUUUCUACGGACUGCAGAAUUACUACAGAUAAAGAGGUCUAGCUGGGGCAGCUUCUACCAUAAAUACAGAUCUAGAGUCAACCCGAAUGAGUUUAGAGAGAAAUGCUAUGCCUCCACUACAGCAACUUUCUACCAAUAAUAAUCAAGAUGAAAAACAUGAUACAUCGACUUCAACAGAAAAAUCUGAUUCUCCCAAAUCUCCCAGUGAAAAAGUUU